UAUAAACACCAACCCAACUCUCUCUUUCUCUCUCCACCGCUCCGCCGGUCUUCUGACAUUCGAAGCCGAUUCGUUUCGCUCUUUCUCUCUCUUCUUAUAAAACCUCCCAUCAACCCUUCGAAGUCCAUCAUCACAAGACCAACUACCGCGGAGCGGCUCCUGAUGGACGACCCCAGAGAACCGUGGCGGCCGGAGCCUCCACCACCGGCAGCCGCCCUCCGGCCGCCGGAGGCGCCCCGCGACCCAAUGGAGUUCCUCUCCCGCUCCUGGAGCGCCUCCGCCAUAGAAGUCUCCAAGGCCCUGGGGCCCCCGCCCACCGCGCCGCCCGCAGGCGUCGCCGCGGCGAUCCCGGAAGACGCCGCCGGCGAGCUGGAGGAGGCUGCUGUCGCUGGGAACCCCUUCUCUUUCGCUUCCUCGGCUACCUCGCAGCUCGUCAUGGAGAGGAUAAUGUCGCAGUCGCAGGAAGUGUCGCCGCUCACAUCUGGGCGUUUAUCCCACAGCAGCGGGCCUUUGAACGGCGGCCAGAGCGGCGGAUCUCUCUCCGAUAGCCCUCCCGUCUCCCCAUCCGAAAUCGACGACGUCAAGUUCUGCCGGACCAGCAAUACGCCGAAACCUCAACCGUACAGAGGCAGCAGCAAGACGGUGGGGAGGUGGCUCAAGGAUAGGAAGGAGAAGAAGAAAGAGGAGACGCGGGCCCACAAUGCCCAGCUCCAUGCUGCUGUCUCGGUGGCUGGUGUUGCUGCGGCGGUGGCAGCGGUCGCGGCUGCCACCGCCGCGGCCUCGGGGUCGGGCAAGGAUGACCGUGCCGCUAGGACCGAUAUGGCGGUCGCUUCGGCUGCGACCCUUGUUGCUGCACAGUGUGUUGAGGCUGCUGAGUCCAUGGGGGCCGAGCGCGAGCACCUGGCGUCCGUCGUCGGUUCUGCUGUCAACGUUAGGACCCCUGGAGAUAUCAUCACUCUUACUGCAGCUGCCGCCACUGCACUGCGAGGGGCAGCAACAUUGAAGGCUAGAGCACUUAAGGAGGUAUGGAACAUAGCGGCGGUCAUCCCGGUGGAGAAGGGUGGGAUGGGAGGCCACCACAAUCAUCGCCAUAGCAAGCAGCAGAAGGAAUUGGACAGCAAUGGUAGCAGUUUCAGCGACGAGCUCAUACCGGAGGAGGAGAACUUCCUUGGUCUCUGCAGCCAGGAACUUCUUGCCCGAGGGACCGAGCUUCUCAAACGCACCCGCAAAGGUGCACUUCAUUGGAAGAUUGUCUCAGUUUACAUCAAUCGGCUGGGUCAGGUGACGCUUAAGAUGAAAAGCAAGCAUGUUGCUGGAACCAUCACUAAGAAGAAAAAGUGUGUGGUUAUAGAGGUUUGCAAGGAUGUCCAAGCGUGGCCGGGCCGACACUUGCUGGAAGGCGGAGAGCAGCGGCGCUACUUUGGGCUGAGGACGGCGGAGCGCCGGGUCAUAGAGUUUGAAUGCAGGAGCCAGAGGGAGUAUGAGAUGUGGACGCAGGGAGUAUCGCGGCUCCUCAACAUGGUCGGCGAGAGGAAGCACCUCGCCUGACAAAAAGAGCUGCCGACACGGCCAGCCAGAUGAUCAGUCAUUGCUAGCUGUGGAGUGGAGGAGGAAAGGAUGGCGCAUGACCCACCCGAAAUUAAUUGCUUGGUAAGAAUGUUUGUAAUUUAAGAUGUGUGUGAAGUGGGUUCCAUCUCCCAUUGUACAGAAGGAAAAGAGAAGCUAAUCAAAUCGAUCAGAAGGGGUUCUUUUCUGGAUUUGCUUUUUCUCUUUGGUUUUGUUUUAGAUAUGCGAUGCUAUCUGGGGUAGAAAAAAAGUAACGUGUUCAGUU